AUGUCUUUCGGAAAGCUCUACAGCUACUCGGGUAACCCGCGUACCACCUCUCUCCUGGCCGUCGCGAAGGAGAAUGGCCUCGACAUCGAGUUCGUCGACACUGAGCCAGCCAAGGGUGUCUCUGAGGACUACCUGAAGCUCAACAAGCUCGGCAAGGUCCCUACCUUCGAGGGCGCUGACGGCUUUGUCCUCUCCGAGUGCAUCGCCAUCGCUGUCUACCUUGCCUCGCAAAACGAGAAGACCAGCCUUCUCGGCAAGACCAAGCAGGACUACGCCACCAUCUUGCGAUGGAUGUCCUUUGCCAACACUGAGGUCCUCUCCCCCCUCGGUGGCUGGUUCCGCCCCAUCCUCGGCCGCGACCCUUACAACAAAAAGAGCGUCGACGAGUCCCAGAAGGCCGCCCUCAAGGCCGUCCACGUCAUUGAGGAGCACCUCCUUACACACACCUACCUCGUUGGUGAGCGUCUGACUCUUGCCGACAUCUUCGCUGCCAGCAUCCUUGCCCGCGGCUUCCAAUACUUCUUCGACAAGCAAUGGCGCGACUCCAACCCCAACACUACCCGUUGGUACGAGACCGUCUACAACCAGACCAGCUACUCUGCUGUCGCCCCCAAGCUCGAGUUCAUCUCCGAGGCGUUGAAGAACGUCGCACCCAAGAAGGAGGGUGGUGAGAAGAAGAAGGAGCAGCCCAAGGCCGCCCCUAAGCCCAAGAAGGAGGAGGCUGAGGAGGAGGAGGAGGCACCAGCUGCCCCCAAGCCCAAGCACCCUCUCGAGGCUCUGCCCAAGGCCACAUUCGUCCUUGACGACUGGAAGCGCAAGUACUCCAACGAGGAGACCCGUGAGGUUGCCCUCCCCUGGUUCUGGGAGAACGCCAACUUCGAGGAGUACUCCAUCUACAAGGUUGACUACAAGUACAACGAUGAGUUGACCCUCACCUUCAUGACCUCCAACUUGAUCGGUGGUUUCUUCACUCGUCUCGAGGCCAGCCGCAAGUACCUGUUCGGCUGCUGCUCCGUAUACGGACAGUCCAACGACUCCAUCGUCACCGGUGCGUUCAUCGUCCGUGGCCAGGAUGCUCUCCCCGCCUUCGAUGUCGCUCCUGAUGUCGAGAGCUACGAGUUCACCAAGCUCGACCCCACCAAGGAGGAGGACAAGGAGUUCGUCAACGACCAGUGGUCGUGGGACAAGCCCAUCACCGUCAACGGAAAGUCCUACGAGUGGGCCGACGGAAAGGGCUCUGGAGGUGGACCAAGCGAAGACAAUGUCACGGGCUUCCUCGUUCGAUCAACAGCAACAAACUGGGCUAAGAACUCCGUCAUAGCUGUGGAUGCAGGCUCCCACCUUGCAUCGAUUACCCGCAUACUUGGUCAGGAUUUCCCGCUUGUCUCCGACCCGGAUCCAGCAUUAUCGACCCCACAUAACGGUAAUGGAAAUGGGAAUAGCAGUGACGCGCAUAUAGAGUCGCCGUCGCCGGGCACUGGGCAUGUCUCGCUCUCCGACGAAGAUUCUGGACCUGAGACACCAGAUUCUGAGCAGGAUGUACCCGUCACAAUUACUACGCUGAAAACUGGCGCAUUCGCGGGGUUACCUUUCCCACAUCUAAGUGCCAGGGCAAAUGCGCUACAUGUUGUGAGAGAGCACAUUUCGACUUAUCUCAUCACCCAUCCACAUCUCGACCACGUCUCGGGCUUCGUCAUCAAUACAGCAGCUUUCCACAAUACAUCUCGACCCAAGCGGUUAGCAGCACUACCAUUUACCGUCAACGCGAUCAAAAAUCACAUCUUCAAUAACAUCAUCUGGCCUAACCUGACGGACGAAGACGGAGGCGUGGGACUAGUAACAUUCCAACGGCUUGCAGAAGGCGGUAACAUUGCGCUGGGUGAAGGAAGCUCAAGAGGUUACAUCGAAGUGUGCGACGGCUUAGGAGUCAAGGGCUUCAAAGUAAGCCAUGGCCACUGCAUGCAGGGACCUGGCCAUGUACACCGCGGAUCGAACGCCAACCUACUGGAGACCUCAGAUCGGCAAAAUGCAAACCCUUCUCAGUCGUAUGGUCAAUCAGACGGACUUGAAGGUCGUUCACAAAGCUUCUCUAUGACUACACAAAGCGCACCCGGCACUCCAGGUUUCAGCGGAAGCACAGAAGCCGGCCGACGAGCCAGCGGUGUCACAGUUCCUCAACCCCAGCAACCGCAAUCGCAAGAUCACUGUGUGAUUGACUCAACCGCCUACUUCAUUCGCGCCGAAUCUACCCUCACGACCCCAAAACGCGAGAUCCUCAUCUUCGGCGACGUUGAACCAGACUCCCUCUCACUUUCCCCACGUACACAUCAAAUCUGGACGGAAGCAGCUCCAAAGAUCGCCGCCGGCACUUUGAAAGGUAUUUUCAUAGAAGUCUCAUACACGAACGCGCAAGCGGACGCCGUACUUUUCGGACACCUAGCACCCCGCCAUCUACUCGAAGAGCUCAGCUCCCUCGCGGCCAUGGUAAAAGACAGCAAAAAGCAGCACGAGCGCGACAAAGAAGAGCUCCGCUCACAGAAGAAAAAGAAGCGGAAGCGAGCCAGUGCAAGUAACAACCUCCAGCUCGAAAGUCUAAGUUCAGCCGAGAAUGGAAGAAAAGUCAAGAUGGGCGGCUACCUAGGUGGAGUAGGCAAAGGGAUAGAUUCCCCAAUUUCGAUAACAAACCACUCGCAAACCGACGAUGAGACAAUGAGCGACUUCCCGCUUUCGAGGGGUGACACGGGGACGAACACGCCUGUUCCUUUUCCACCGCCACUGCAACAUCAUCAGUCUCUUCAGCGGCAUCAGGAUCAACCACAGGAUCAGCAAAAUGGCACCCCCGGGCCACCUCCAUCCCAUCCUUCUGCACCAGCAGCGUUCGGUCUGUCAUCCGUCUCCGUUGAGCACAACCGCGCCAUGCUCUCUGCGGCAUUCGAUUCUCCGCUCAAAGGCGUCAAGGUCGUUAUCAUCCAUGUCAAGGAUUCCUUCAUGGAUGGGCCGCUAGUAGGGACUCAGAUUCUGAGGGAGCUGAGGGAAGGGGAGGAAGCAUUGCAGGAGCAAGGGAAGGGCUUGGGGUGUCAAUUUGAAGUUAGCGCUGCGGGAGAGAGUUAUUGGUUCUAA